AAUGAUGAAGCAUAGAUUAACUUCAUGACGUGAUCGUCAUCCAUCUACAGAUCUACCUGAAGUGGAGGGUCAACGUCUCUUGUUUAAGGGUUGUUUAUGAGUUUAAAGUGUGGAUUAGCGGGCUUCUAUAUUCAACGCUUGCCAUUUUCAGAAAACCAUUUAUUGAAUAAAGAAUGUGCAUUCACUUCAAUAAGCUGGCACUGUGGGAAUCUGAGUACAAAAAUAAACUGAGAGAAAAUGUAGAGCAACAAGAUCGUCAAGGAUGAAUGAAGUAUGGCUGCUUUUAUACCGAUACCUGAUUUUUUGCAACAACGUUUGAUCGACGCAGCAAUUGACUUUGUAAAGAAUCAAUGUGAUUACGUGUGGGAUUAUGAGACAAGAUUCGAGGAGCUAAGCAAUGCUGCAGAGACUCUCAAGAAAGAUAAAACAUGGGUGCAGGAUAAAGCCGAGGAAGAAGAAGGCCGAUAUGGAAGAGCAAUAUAUGAUUAUGUUCAUAAGUGGUUGGCCCAGGUGGAGGAUGUUGUUGCUGAAUAUGACAAGUUCCAACGAGAACACGAGAGAAAUGAUGGGUAUCCCCUUGCUAUUCCUAAUGUGCAGAAAAGGCAUCAUCGCAGCAAAAUAGCAGAGGAAAUGAAAGUGAAGGUUGAAGAAGUGAAAAAAGACAAGCCUGAUGGUAUAUCUCACUGGCAGGGCCCACUUUCCAUGGGGUUUGCGCUUCCUAGUGUUGACUAUGAAGAGCUCCAAUCGAGAGUAGAAACUAUGCAUGAAAUCACUAAAGCACUGGAAGACUCCAGUGCUACAAUGAUCGGUAUUCACGGGCUAGCUGGUAUGGGGAAGACCACUUUGGUCAUAGAAGCCGCUAACAGAGUUCAAAAUCGAGAAUCUAAAUUAUUCGAUGUGGUGAUUAUGGCAAACGUGGGCAAAAUUCUAGACAUCAGGAAGACCCAAGGGCAGAUAGCUGACAUGUUGGGGAUUACAUUACAGGAAGAGAGUGAGUAUGCAAGAGCGAUCCGCAUAAAAGAGAAAUUGAAGAAAGAGAAGAAUGCUCUUAUAAUCCUUGAUGAUGUGUAUGCAAAAGUUGACUUGGAUAUGUUGGGGAUUCCAUCACAGAGUGCUGAUGACAAGCAAAAGAAUCUCCUUCUCAAAGAAGGAAAAUCUUUUGGUAAUGUGGAUCAAACUAAGGCGGAGACAAACCAAACCGAUGGACCCUCUUUUAUGAAACAGAAUACAUUAUCAGAGGAUGCCAAAACAGAAGACACCUCUAUUGGUUCUAGUAAAUUGAAAGCAGAAGAAAAUUACAAAGGGUGCAAGGUUUUGCUGAUUUCUGAGGUAAAACAAGUCUUGAGCCAAAUGGAUGUGAAACCAAAUUACAUGUUCCUCGUGAACACCAUAAAUGUUGAUGAUGCAAAGAAAUUGUUCAUGAAAAAAGUUAGAAUAGACUACAAAAACUCUGAGCUCGAAUAUCUAGCAGCUGAAAUCGCCAAGAAGUGUUACGGCUUGCCCAUGUCAAUAGUCACAACUGCAAAGGCAUUGAAAAACCAAAACCACUUGGUUUGGCGGGAAACUCUUAAAACGCUCGAAAGGCAGAAGCUGACUGGAACACCGGAAUAUUCUACAAAGUUGAGUUACCAACUUCUAGAAAAUGAGGAGCUCAAGUUUACCUUCUUGCUUUGCGCUUGUAUGGGCCAAGAUGCUUUAGUUUCAGACUUUGUGAGACUAUGCAUUGGUAUUGGUUUUCUUGAAGGCAUCUACACAGUAAGGGAAGCAAGAGAUAAAGUGCAAAUAUUGCUUAUGAAGCUAAAAGAGUCAGGUUUGUUGUCUAACAGUUAUUCAAUUAGUCGUUUCGCGAUGCAAAAUCUUGUUCGCGAUGCAGCUUUGUUGACAGCAUCAGAGGAGAAACAAAUCUUCAUGCUGACUAAAUGUAAACUGGAUGAAUGGCCUGACGAGGAUAAACUUGAAAAGUACACUGCUAUUUUCUUGCGUCAGUGUGAUGUCAAUACUGCUGAGUUUCCUGGAAAUAUAAGAUGUCCUAAACUAAAAGUCUUUCAUUUUGAUAAUAAUCACCAUCAUUUUAAAAUACCAGGAAACUUUUUUCAAGAAAUGAAAGAACUUAGAGUGUUAAUCUUGAUUGGCGUUGAUAUAUCAGAAUUGUCUUCAUCAAUAAAAUGCCUUAGAAAACUCAGAAAGCUUUGUUUGGAGCAAUGCAUUAAUUUAGAUGAUCAGUUGUGCAUCAAUAUUGGGGAGCUAAAGAAUUUGAGAAUUCUUAGCUUUUCAGGAUCUGAUAUUAAAAGCUUGCCGGUUGCAUUAAUGCAAUUAUCUAAGCUACAAAUUCUUGACAUAAGUAAUUGCUCCAAAUUAGAAGUCAUUCCACCUGGUUUAAUCUCAAACCUGACUAGUUUGGAGGAAUUGUACAUGAGCAACAUCUCCACUGAAUGGGAGAGUCAUGACAAUGCUAGUCUUUCAGAGUUAGGGAAUCUGAAUCUAUCAAAUAUUGACUUACAAAUCCCAAGUGUUGACCGUUUGCCAAAGGAUCUGUUUUUCAAUAAUUUGCAUAGUUAUAAGAUUGUUAUUGGCUCUUCAAACAGACAUUUAGAACCAGAAUUGAACGUGCCAGAGAAGUAUGAAUUGUUGAGGUAUUUGGCGAUACGGGAAAAAGAUGGUGCCUUUGACAUUCAUUCUCAAAAGGGAAUCAAAAUGUUGUUUGAAAGAGUUGAAAACUUGUUGCUGGAAGAACUCAAUGGUGUCCAAGAUAUUUUCUUUGAGCUGAAUUUGAAUGGAUUUCCAUUUCUUAAACAACUAUCUAUUGUGAGUAAUUCUAGCAUUUUAUCUCUUAUCAACCCCAAGGAGAGGAAGCAUCCUGAGAAGGCUUUUCCCAAAUUAGAGUCUUUGUACCUCUACAAGCUCAAGAACAUGGUGCAAAUAUGCUCUUGUAAAUCACUUUCAGAAUCCUCCUUUUGCAAACUAAAAGCCGUCAAGGUUAAGCUCUGUGAUGGAUUGAAGAAUGUCUUCUUUGCUUCUAUGGCCAAGCUUCUGGUUGCUCUUGAGACAAUUGAAGUUUCAGAAUGUAACUCUCUAGAAGGGGUUUUCUUUGCGGAAGCAGAAGAUGCUGACACAUCUAAGCCACUUGAGUUCCAAAUGUUACGCUCUUUAACGUUACAAUCCUUGCCAAAGUUUCUUGGAUUCUAUCUCACUUCAUCAUCUGCAGUGGAGGAAAAAGUAUUAUUCAAUGAAAAGGUUAAAUUUUCCAAAUUGGAGAAAAUCGAGUUGUUGUCGAUCCAAAUCCACCAAAUAUGGAUCGGCCAAAAGCCACCUUUUGCAGAAUUGGUACACUUGGAAGUGAAGGGUUGUGGGAAUUUGGAAUUUUUAUUAUCAUUAUCUAUGGCUAGAAAUAUGGUGAAACUACAAAGCCUUUCUGUAACGGAAUGUCACAAGAUGAAACUCAUUUUUUCAAAAGAGCAAGGUAGUACUGAUGUUAAAAAGAAGGAAAGAAUCUUUCCGAAUUUGAAGAAUAUCAAAGUGAGUAACAUGAAGAGUUUGAGUGAGAUAUGUGACUUUGAAUUCCCCGUAAAUUCCUUUGUCAAGUUGGAGACUGCAGUUAUUGAUAAGUGUGAUAAAUUGAAUCAUGUUUUUACUCAUGACAUGGUGGGAAUAUUUGAACAUCUAUGCAGCUUAAGAGUUACUAAUUGCAAGUCAAUAAAAGCUAUAUUUAACCUGGAUGGGAGAAGUAAGCUUUCUGGUACUAGUAGGUAUGCAAUAAUCAAAUUGCAAGAUGUUCAUUUACAAGCACUUCCAAAAUUGGAGCAUUUGUUUAACCGGAAGAAAGAUCAUCCAGAAGGGAACUUUGGCUUGAAAAAUCUACAAAAGAUAUGGGUUCAAGAAUGUGGCAAGUUGGAAAACAUAUUUUCUGUUCCUAUAGCCAAGACUUCUGAAAAUCUUGAAUAUCUUGUGGUCUCAGAUUGUUCUCAAUUGAGGGAAAUUGUAGCUGACGAAGAAGUUGCCAAUAACCCAAGUGAUCUUCUCAUUAAGUUCACCAAAUUGGCAACAAUCAAAUUUUUGAGACUACCAAAAUUGAAGAGGUUCUGCCGAAGAGAUUAUGACUUAGAGUUGCCAGCAUUGAAUGACUUGUCUAUUGAACUUUGUGACAAGUUGGAACCACAUUUCAAACGAGACACCACAGAUGCACAAAGAAAGCCUAUCUAUUUUUUUGAAGAGGCGCUCAAUGAAUUGAAGUCCUUGCAAAUUGGCUCAUGGCAUGCAAAGUUGUUAAGCAACUAUGAUUCCCGAAUGGACAAAUUAGAAGAGCUUCAUUUAUCUGGAUUGAAGAAUACUAAUAUUCUAUAUGUUUUCCUUCAUAACAAUCCUAAUCUGAUCAGCCUUUGGUUGAGUGAUUGUUCUUUUCAACAAUUGGUGCCUCUCGAAAGGCUUCCCAAUAUUGAAAGACUAGGGGUUGUUCCAAAGCUGAAAAGCUUGAAUUUAAUUGAUUUACCAAAUCUUAAGGAGAUCGGCUUUGAACGAGAUGCAAUUCUUCAAAUGAUUGAGUCGUUGACUUUAAAUGAUUGUCCACUUUUGGAGACUCUAGCACCUUCCUCUGUAUUUCUCGCUCACUUGACAAAGCUGGAAGUAGUUGGCUGUAAAGGACUAAAAUAUUUAAUGUCACCAUCUAUGGCAAGAGCAUUGAGUCAACUCAACACCAUGAAGGUAAUCAACUGCGAAUCUUUAAUGGAAAUUGUAUCAGAUGAAGGACAACAACAGAAAGAAGACGGGGUUAUCGUUGCUUUUAAACAAUUGACAACCCUUGAGCUUGUGGCAUUGAAGAACCUACAAAGUUUUUGUAGUUUCAACAAGUGUUCCUUUCAGUUCCCAUCAUUAGAGAAAUUCGUGGUGAAUGUGUGUCCCAAAUUGGAAAAUUUCACUCAAGGAAUCAGUAACAUGCCAAUGCUGCAAAAGGUGUAUGUUGCACAUGAAAAAGAGCAGAUGAGAUGGCAUUGGAAGGGGAAUUUACAAGAUACGAUGCAGUAUAUAUUCAAACACAAGAAGUUUUACGAGUGCAUGGACGAAUUAAGAGUGACUGAUAAACAUGAUUAUCGAACAAUCUCGAAAAUCAGCGAAGGUCUACAAGAAGAUUGGUUUAACAAUUUGAAAACUUUGAAGCUGCUGCAGUGUUGUGGCUCCAAGCCAUAUGCAAUUCCAUCCAAUGUUCUUCUUUCUUUGAAGAUCUUAGAAGAAUUGGAAGUAGAAAAGUGUUCCAAGAUAAUAAGCAUUUUUGAAGUGGAUAACUCUAAGAUCAAGGAAACAUCAUUCCAGCUGAAGAAACUAACUUUAAAAUCGCUAACAAAAGUGACGCAUGUGUGGCAACAUAACAAACAGGGAAUCCUCGGCUUUCAAAAUCUGCAACAAGUGAGAAUCUUUAUGUGUAACAAAUUGAAAACCGUGUUUCCAGUAGCAUUGGCCAGAAAUCUUAAAAAGCUAGAGAAACUCAAUGUACUAGUAUGCACAAAUUUGCUGGAAAUCGUUCGAAAGGAAGAGGAAGCAAUUGAAAUAACAGAAAAUUUUUUGUUCCCCUGUUUAACCCAACUGUUACUUGGCAUGUUGUCACGACUUACUCACUUUUGCUCUGGAAAAUUCACGGUGGUGUGCCCCGAGUUAAAUGAGUUAAGAGUGCUUGGCUGUAGCGAUGAGUUGGAGCUAUUUCAGAGUCAUCAACAACGUCUCCAGGAUCAAAGCAGUACCUCAAUUAUUAGCAGGCAACCCGUUUUCACCAAUAAAGAGGCUAUUUCCAACGUGAAGACGUUGUACCUCAACCAAAAUCAGAUUUUGGCAUUAAGCUCAUGGUUGGCACAGUCUGUGAAUCAAGGCCUUCAGUAUUUAAUUGAACUUGGAGUUGUUAACUUUGCUGAAGUGAAGAACAAUGACGAUGGAGAGAACUCUGCUUUACUAUUAGAGAUACUUGACAAGACACCAAAUUUAGAGAGAUUUGAAAUACGUAACCAUCAUUUUAAAUCCAUAAAUAUUCCAGAAGAAGCAGGUAAGAGGAUGCUUGGCUUGAAAGAAUUGAGCUUGCUCUCACUUUCUGAGCUGAACACCAUUAGUGGGGUAGAGUACUUGUUAAAUCUACAGCUGUUAAAAGUUUCUGGAUGUCCAAAAUUGACAACAUUAGGACAAACUUGCUCCAAUCUGAAAGAAUUGGAUAUAUCGAUUUGUCAUAGAUUGGAGUGUUUAUUCACAUCCUUAGCUGCAAAACUGCUAAUACACCUUGAGGAGUUGAAAGUUUCGAGAUGCGACUUAUUGAAAGAAAUAGUGGGAAAAGAACAGCAGAGUGAUGAAACAACUACAGCUUCCACGGCCACGAAAGACAUUGAAUUUAAGCGCCUUGAGAGGAUAAAACUUUGCUCUUUGAAAAAUCUAGAAUGCUUUUAUUCUGGGAGUGCCAUUUUGAAGUUACCCUCUUUAAUUUGGGUGAAUAUAGAAGACUGUCCUGCGAUGAAAAGUUUCUCUCAACAAGGAGCAGUACAUGUGGAAGAACGUUCUAGAGCAAUUCAAAUUUCUUACGACUCAUCAAAUGAUGAUUUCUUCUUCCACGACGAUCUAAAUGUCGCCGUUGCGAUGAAGUUUCUACAACAGGAACAUCUUGUUCUUGGCGAUGAUCACCCAGAGCUGGAAGUUUUAUGGCUUGGUAAAAUGCAUAUGCCAGAGGGCUACUACUCUGGUUUCAAUUUGAAACGUUUGGUGGUGGAAGGAUGUGAAUUCUUAACAAGUGCAAUACUUUCAUCUCAUUUACUUCCUUUCCUUAAUAAUUUGGAAGAGUUGGAGGUGAGGGGAUGCAAUUCUGUUGAGGCAAUAUUUGAAGUAAAAGAUACAUCAAACAUGAUUGUUAUUCCUUUGAAGACAAUGAUUUUGGAGAACCUUCCAAGUCUGAGGCAUGUUUGGAACAAGGAUCCUGAAGGAAAACUCAGUCUUCCUGAUAUGGAGAAGGUUACCGUUGAUAAAUGUACAAGGAUAAAAUUCUUGCUCCCAGAGUCAGUUGCCAAGGGUAACAUUCAAAGGUUAGAAGUGAAGAAUUGUGCUGAGUUAGUUGAAAUUGUUACAGGAAAUGAAGUAGCCAAAGAAGAAGAUGCAAACAAACAGGUUAAUAUCUUCCCUAAGCUAUCCUGUCUGAAUCUGUGCAAUUUGCCAAAUCUGAGCUACAUCUGGAAAAUUGGGAACAAGGAUCUUAAAGGAAGUCUCAGCCUUCCAAACUUGAAGGAAGUCACUGUUAUUGAAUGUGAAAGCAUAAAGAAUUUGCUCCCAACAUCAGUUGCCAUGGGUAGCAUACAAAAAUUAGAUGUGAGGAACUGUGUGGAGUUGGUUGAAAUUGUUGCAAAAGAUGAAGCAGCCACCAAAAAAACAAAUAAAGAGCUUACUAUGUUCUCUAUGUUAAUGUCCUUGACUCUGAGGAAUUUGCCAAAUCUUACACACAUUUAUGUUGGGAAGAAAAUUCUAAAUUGGCCGGAGUUAAGAGAGUUGGAUAUUUAUCAUUGUAAAUUGCUAAAGAAUUUUGCACCUGAUAGUAAUCAUUCAGCUGGGAAGGUUGUUUCCCCUGGCUUAGAGCAACUGUCACUGGACAAGGAAGGUGUCAUGAUGAUUGAGCAAGGACUAUCUAAUUUGGACCUCCAAAACAUAAGAUGUCUCACACUGCAGGGCUUUAAUGAUAUUGAUGAGUCAGAUGCAUUUCCCUUUGAAUUCUUUUCAAAGGUGCCACUGCCCAGAAUUGAGAUGCUUGCGGUGGCUGAUAGUGCUUUCAAAGAGAUAUUCUCCUCAAAACUUCCUGACACAGAAAACUAUGCUAAGAUCCUUUCACAGCUUAAAAAGUUGGAGCUCAGGAAUCUACAGAAACUUGAAUCCACUGGGUUAGAUCUUUUGCACACGUGGGUGGCCUCCUCUAAUCUGACAUGGCUGAAAGUAGAGUGUUGUGCAAGUUUUAAGUGUUUGUUCACGUCUUCAACCGCCAAAUGUCUUGUUCAACUGCAACAUUUGCACGUAUCCAACUGUGAAGCACUUGAAAGUGUAAUAGUGGCUUAUCAACCGGAUGAUGAUGAGGUCAUCACAUUCGAAGGGCUCAAGGAACUGUCUCUUAGCAAGUUACCGAAACUCGAGAGCUUCUACAAUGGAAAGUCAACCUUGAAUUUUGCAGGGCGUGCCCAAGUUUCAAUCAGUCAAUGCAAGAGCAUGAAAACUUUCUCACAUGGUGACGUGAAAGCUCCCGACUCAUGGAUUGUGGAGAUAGACGGAGUUCGUUUUUCGGAAGAUAAUCCAAAUGCUAUAGUCAAAUCAAACUUUGGGAAAAUUUAGUUCUCUAGGACACCAAAUGCAACAUGAGGAUAUAAGUGGAUUCCAUCUUGGCAACGAAUAUUCAGGAGAAAAAAGAAAAGGAUAUUUUUCUUUUUCUUUUUCUUUUCUGCUUGUGUUGUGUGCUUUGUAUGAAUAAGUUCUCUGUAUUACUAUGCAGAAAGAAGUGUAGAACACCUUUUAAGUGGAAUAGCUCUAAGUGUGGUUUAUGAAUAAAAUUAUAUCUUGUAUUCUUAUACAGGAUGUAAUUGUAAGGUGUGUGGUUUUUAUUUUAAGUUAUUGAAAGCACUAGCGCAUCUUUAUUUAUGAAAGUGUACUGUAAUAAUUUUACAUGAUUGAAGGAGUGUGGUUUGUGUCAAAAAUUGUGAAAGAUUAUUAUAAGAAAAGAGUUGAUAAUGGCAUGUAGAUACAGUUCUACAUAAGACCAUUUUCAUGCAUAA